AUGAUGUUUUCGAGAUGUUUUGUAGAGGUAAUCGAUUUUGGGACCUUCUGGGAUCAUGCAUUGGAGUACUGGAAGGAGAGCUUAGAAAGGCCUCACAAGGUGUUGUUUUUUAUGUAUGAGGACCUAAAAGAAGAUAUUACCCUUCAAAUAAAGAGGGUAGCUGAGUUUAUGGGUGUUCCAUUCUCAUUGGAAGAAGAAAGAAAAGGUGUAAUAGAAGAGAUAUCCAAGUUGUGUAGCUUUAAUAAUUUGAGAGAGUUUGAGGUGAACAAAUCUGGUUCACUUCUACAAUUUGAGAAUAAGACGUUUUUCAGGAGAGGUGAUGUGGGUGAUUGGGUCAAUCAUUUGACACCUGAGAUAGUCCAACGUUUAAACAAGAUUAUGGAAGAAAAGUUGGAUAAUUCUGGGUUGGCAUUUAAAACUAGUUUGUGA